CGCCCCCCGCCACCAACUAGUGUGCGCAGCGACUCCGGACGCGGACCGCAGAGAGCGGAGAGAAAAGGGAGCAGACUCCGGGAGGAUCGCUGCGGACCCGCCGGCGCCAUGAGCGCCCUCCCCCGUCCGCGGAGGUUCGGGGCGCCGCCGCCCUGGCUGCUCCUUUCCUUGUGCCUCCUCGCCGCGGCGCGCGUGAGCCUGGCAGACAGCAAUCCCCAAGAUUCACCUUCUACUAGUCUGCCCGUCCGAGAAGAAAUGAUGGCAAAAUACUCCAACCUUUCCUUGGAGAGUCAUAACAUAUCACUGACUGAACAUUCCAGUAUGCCAGUAGAAAAAAAUAUCACUUUAGAAAAGCCUUCUAAUAUAGAACUUGUGUGCCAGUUUACAAAAUCUGGGGAUCUAAAUUCAGUAAAUGUGACUUGGAGAAAAGAUGAUGAACUACUUGAGAAUAACUACCUUGUCAAUGCAACAGGAAACAUCCUAUACACCCAAUACAAGUUCACCAUCAUUGAUAACAAGCAGCUGGGAAGUUAUUCUUGUGUCUUUGAAGAAGGAAAGGAACAAAGGGGAACAUUUAAUUUCAAAGUCCCUGAAAUUCAUGGAAAAAGCAAACCAUUGAUUACUUACGUGGGGGAUUCUACUGUUUUGGUAUGCAAAUGUCAAGAUUGUUUUCCUUCAAGAUGGACCUGGUAUAGUAGUAAUGGGAGUGUACAGAUUCCUGUUGAUGCCCAAAUGAAUAAUAAGUAUGUGGUCAAUGGAACAUAUGCUAAUGAAACAAGACUUAAGAUAACACAACUUUCGGAGGAAGAUGGAGGGUCUUACUGGUGCCAGGCAGUAUUCCAACUAGGCGAGAGUGAAGAGCAAAUCGAACUUGUUGUUCUGAGCUAUCUGGUGCCCCUCAAACCAUUUCUUGCAAUAGUGGCUGAGGUGGUUCUUUUGGUGGCUAUUAUUCUGCUUUGUGAAAUGUAUACGCAAAAGAAAAAGAAGCACCCAGAUCAUGGAAAGGAGUUUGAACAAAUUGAACACCUGAAAUCCGAUGAUAGCAAUGGUAUAGAAAAUAAUGCACCUAGGCACAGAAAAAAUGAGUCUAUGGGCCAGUGAAUGCACACCAUCAUGUCAAGAGUCAUGGGAAGCUCUACAAGGAGUUUGUGUUUCAUUGUUGUUUAUCCUUCCUGUUAAGAACAUCUGAGUUAUUUUUUUAAAGGAUGAAAAAUUUAUGCAACAUGCUCAGCAGUAAUAUAAAUAAUAUAUGCUAUCGCAUAUCUAAAAAUAUAUUUUCAUUCUCUAAUUGUUUUGCACUAAAACAAGGUAAAUUGCAUUAAAUAUGUUCUAUGCACUAUAACCCAGGAUAAUUAAUUUUAUUCUGGUCUUCAAGGAAUACACAGAAGAGACACCAGCAAAAUCCAUUAUUAGUUCAUAGAGCAAAUGUCACUCAAAACCUGCUUUGUAACCAAAGAAUUUAUUAAAGAGAAAGCCUUUGCCAUUUGUCCUAAAAAGUUUAUUUUUUUCCUAAUUAUGCUUGCUGUGUAUUUUUAACAGUUUUCAUGUAGAGUUCAUCCUUCUGAGAUUGUUAAAAAAAAUGUGUCUUCACUAGGAAAUGAAUACUAUAAUACUUCCUGUCUUUGCAAAUGAUGGUUACUUUACAAUGUCUAGAAGAAAAACAUAUGUUUUAUUCAUAAGUGUUGCCUAAAGGCAAGGAAAUAUUACCAUAUGCUUGCUCCAAAACUCUGCAAAAGCAGAUCUCCCAGUCAUUCUUCCACUCAUCUUCAGUGUGUUCCCACACCAGGCUAAAAUGCUCCUUAGCCUUUAAGCAGAGCACCUUUUUAAACUAUGGGAUUUGGACUUCUUAAGGUACACAAGUAUUGACGCUUUAGGAUCGAUAGAGUCAUAAGGCAACACUGCCGCACGUGAUGCUUUUAGGGUUCAUGGUUUCUUGGUAUCAUUGAUUCUGUAUCUGGUUGUCUGCUACUCUGACUGGUUAAAUAACUAAAAAUGCAUUCUUAAUACUUUACAACGAUAAUUCUGUCAGAAAUCUGGAAGUACUAAAGUAUUUCUUCAAUGUUCUUGCAGAUGGCUUAGAUUUAUCUUCAAAAAUAGAAUACUUAGUUUUAAUUAUAUAUGUACCUGAAGUAUUUUAAGAACUCACAAUAACCAAAUUAAAUGAAAUAUGAAUAGACAUGAAAAGUUGUCAAUGGUUUUGAAUGAAAUAUUAAAAAAUCAUGCCAUAAGAACUAGAUGAAGUAAAAGACCAUGAUGUGAACUGGUGUUGGUGAGUCUAAUGCUCCACCAUGCUCAGAGCAACAGGGUUAAGAAUAAUCACAAAGAUGGAAGUGCUUGGCAUGGUGGCAAGGAACCAAAAAUUUUUGGUGACUAGGAUAUUAAAAUUUGGUGGAGAAGAGGGAUUAAUGAUUGGGGGGGUGAAACUUCAGGGAACUUUACACUAUAUCUUAGCUAAGAAAAUUAUAAUAAAAUUCUAGUACUGAAAAUUAUGUGACAUAUUAACUAACAUUUACCAAUAUUGGUAGUAGGAAUAACACAUAUAUUUUCAUUACUUUGGGAAUGCAACAAGAUGCAGUAUUUUUUCGUCAAGCAUGUUACUGCACAUUUUUUUUUUUUUUUCCCAGAAUUCAUCUCUUAAGUACUGGCAGACUUCAUUUUAUUGCUGGUCUCAAAGCCAGGCAUUUGUGUUGGUUAAAUUCAUUAUUUUCUUGACAAAAUUAUCUUGGGUAAUUCUAUAUGAUGGCCGACAGCCAGUAAGUUCGGUUAAUUAAUCUAAACCAUUGGAACUCAGUCCAGUUCAAAGCAGUGUCUUUGUGAGUGGGGGUAUAUAAAACCAGACAACAGGCAGCUCAUUUGCUGCAUGCAUCCUCUGUUCUUUCCACCGUUAACUAUUUAGGCUGAAAUCCUUUUCAAGCAAGAAACAUUGCUGCCCAAAGGUAAUUUAUCUACAAUAUGCAUAGAAUAAAUUGAAUCGUUAAGUGGCAGUGCUUGAUCUUCCUUUUUUUUUUUUUUCUGUUUAGCAAAGAUCAUUUAUUUUAGUAACUUUUGGCAGAAAGUGUACUCAGAAGUUAAAGCUGAUUUUUGUCAUUUUAGUCUCUCUGGAGGACUUCUGAAAAAUUACUUCACCACUGUUAGAUUAAAAAUAGAAUGCUUCCACUAACUAAUCUCCCAGAGAAGAUAAACUGAUUAAGUAGUAAUGAUCCCUUGUAAAUUGUGGAUACUUAGCGGCAGAAAAACUGAACUAGGAAAACUACUCCAAGUUUAUAUAUUAGACACCUUGGGAAAUUCUGUUACACUUUUCAGCUAACAGUUUAGAUUUAAUGCUGUCAUAAAAUUCCCAGAUACUUUCAAACUCAGUGUGUGCUAAAUGUAAGUCUUGUCCUUUUUCAGUCUUUCUGUUCCCCUGCCCACCCCCACACCCCCCAGCAUCUAGUAACUUAGGCUCAAAUGUAGAACUCAUUGUGAUCCUUUCUUCUCCUUUACUAAUACUUAUUGGCCAUAAAUCCCCAUUUGACUUUCUUAAUAGUGCAUUAAUCCACCUCAUUGCUUCUCAACCAUGCCAUUACCAGCCUCAACAGCCAAAGCCUUGAUUUUUCUACCUCAGUCUCAUCUUCUAUUAAUCCCUCUCUUACAUUGCUGCUCAAGUUCUCUUUUUGAAACAUAAAUCUCACAAUGCAAUUUGAUGUGGCGGGUUCCAUAUCAAGUCCUUUGCCAUUUCUUAAUAUUGAAUUUCUCCAAAUUGGUUAUCUUUCUACGGUGCCUUAAAGUAGCUUUGGCACAGAGACUCAGUCCAGAAUGUUCACCCUUACCCUUCAAUAGCUCAAUGUUAGCUUUAAAGAUUUGACUCCGACUCUGUGUCUUGGAGGAACUCUCAUAUCCAGCAGGAUAUGCGCCAUCGUAUAUGCUCAAAUAACUUUAUAGAUUUUUGUGCUUAUUACCAUAUACUAUAAAUAUACACUCAUUUGGUUUCCUUCAUGAAAUUUACCUUUUAUUUCUGUGCUUUGUAUUUACCGCAGAGAAAGUACAGUUGAUAUGUCGGGAAAUAUGUGUUG